AUGUUUCGCCUCAAUUGCAAUGAACUCGUGUCCAUUCAGUACAUACCGACCCUUCCGAUGGUCCUCACGGAAAUGGGACAAUUGGGCACAUUUUUGAUAGCUAUCAGCGGUAUUGUGACGAUAAUAAUCGGUUUGAUAUUCAUCGAGGGGUCGGUCCGACUGUACCGAAACUGGCCGUUAAAGUCCUACUGUAUAGCAGUGGCCACUAUCGCAGUCUUCCCGAUAGUAAUUCCCAACAAAACAAUGCCUUCAUUGACUAAACUUAACGGUUGGUAUAGAGUGGCGGUUGUGGUGUUCACGUCGUGGGCUCUCGGCAUCAUAUAUGACUUUUAUAUACUAUUCGCAACUAUUAAUGGCCCUUCUGACGCUAUCACCGGUGACGAUAUGUCAUCCUGA